CCGCCGCGCCGGGCACGCACCAAACACCCCCGAGGCCAACCAUUUCCGACGCAAAACCCCCGGAAUCCGUGACACCCGCAGCGUUCUCGCUCGUGACGCGCCCGGAGGAGAGCAGAGCAGAGGCAUCAGGCAUGGACGCCGCGGCAGAGCUGGAGCAGAAGCCGGCGGUGGGGUACUGGGCCGUGGCCGGCGCGCGGCCCUGCGACGCGUGCGCCGCGGAGCCGGCGCGGCUGCACUGCCGCGCGGACGGCGCGUUCCUGUGCCCCGGGUGCGACGCCCGCGCGCACGGCGCCGGGUCGCGCCACGCGCGCGUCUGGCUCUGCGAGGUCUGCGAGCACGCCCCCGCCGCCGUCACGUGCCGCGCCGACGCCGCCGCGCUCUGCGCGGCCUGCGAUGCCGACAUCCACUCGGCCAACCCGCUCGCGCGCCGCCACGAGCGGCUCCCCGUCGCGCCCUUCUUCGGCGCGCUCGCCGACGCGCCGCAGCCGUUCCCGUCCCCGGCCUUCGCCGCCGCGGGGGCCCAAUCCCAGGGGGACGCGGCGGCGGACGACGACGGGAGCAACGAGGCCGAGGCCGCCUCGUGGCUCCUCCCCGAGCCCGACAACAGCCACGAGGACAGCGCCGCCGCCACCGACGCCUUCUUCGCAGACUCCGACGCGUACCUCGGCGUCGACCUGGACUUCGCCCGGUCCAUGGACGGCAUCAAGGCCAUCGGCGUCCCGGUCGCGCCGCCCGAGCUGGACAUCGCCUCCAGCGGAUUCUACUACCCCGAACACUGCAUGAACCACAGCGUCUCGUCGUCGGAGGUGGCGGUUGUGCCCGACGCGCUGGCGGGCGGCGUCCCGGCAGCGCCGGCCGCGCCGGUGGCGAGCCGGGGGAAGGAGCGGGAGGCGCGUCUGAUGCGGUACCGCGAGAAGCGCAAGAACCGGCGGUUCGACAAGACCAUCCGGUACGCGUCCCGCAAGGCGUACGCCGAGACGAGGCCGCGCAUCAAGGGCCGCUUCGCCAAGCGCUGCUCCGCGGAGGCCGAGGGCGAGGACGAUGCGCUGCUGGAGCACGAGGAAGGGGCGUGCUUCUCGCCCGCGGUGUCGGCGCCCGCGGCCUCGGACGGCGUCGUCCCGUCCUUCUGCUGAGGGGACGACGGACGGCACCCUGGCGGCGACCCCUUAAUUUUGCCGACUCUGAAUGGAUCUCUGAACGCAUGCGACGCGAUGCGCGCUCCGUGCAGCAUGAAUAAUUGUACAGCAGUUCGUCCGAUGCAACGAACUCCAUCGCGGUCGCACGGAACGCAUGUAAUCCUCCUCACCAUCCGUGUAAUCCAGCCUUGUACAUUACUACCAUCUAGAGGUGUUUGCGUUUCUCUUGCACGGGUGCAUCUCAGCAUCUGCGACCUGAAAACCUAGCUGUUCAUGCGCCUGCGCCCCCACAGGGCGGCAUCCUGACCUCUCGGAAGAUUGUUCCGUGAUGUUCACAAGCGGUA